AUGACUCGAUCUCACUCACAGUGGAGCGCAUGGAAGGUGGUUGCGACGGCCGCGGCUCUCGUCACUGGCGUUCUGGGUGACAAUGUUCUCAAGACUUCUGGCUUCUCCGACUGCGGUACCGUUCCCGAUAUCAAGGUUGAGAGGCUGAACCUCAGCUACGACAACGACAAGCAGGAGGUUACUUUUGAUGUGGCCGGCACUAGCAAGACGAGACGGAACGUGUCUGCUUAUCUCGAAGUGACGGCAUACGGCCGCCAAGUCUAUCAGAACAGCUUCAACCCUUGCGAACAGGGUAUCAAGCAGCUCUGCCCUGUACCCGCUGACCAUUUCGCUGCCAAGGGCACUCAGAAAAUCCCCGCUGAGUGGGCAAACAAGGUCCCUGCCAUUGCUUUCCAGGUCCCCGAUAUUGCUGCUCAAGCGACUCUUAAGCUCCUGAGCCUCGACGACGACAAGGAGCAGGUUGCCUGUAUUCAAUCCCAAGUCCAAAACGGCAAGACUGCCUCAGUCAACGCCGUAACCUACCUGUCUGUCGGUGUCAUUGGAGCCGCCCUCGUCGUCUCUGGUGCCACGGCCGCAUCGUCUGCUCUUGGUGGUGCUAGCGCUGCCAGUGGUGGUAUCCCCAGUCCCAGCUUCGCAGAGACUUUGGGAUGGUUCCAGGGCAUGGCCAUGAACGGCAUGCUGUCAGUCGACUACCCGCCUGUGUACCGCAGCUUCGCGAAGAACUUCGGUUUCUCGGCCGGUAUCAUCCCCUGGCAGCAGAUCCAGAUCUCCAUCGACAACUUUCGCGGCAUGACAGGAGGUGACCUCACCACGGACAGCGUCGAAUUCCUCAAGAACGCUACGCUCGUCUUCCCCGACAACUCGACUAGCACUCCGGAGCAGCACUCUUUCAAGGUCAAGCGAGCUUUCGACACUUUUGAGUCGUUGGCCAGAUUGGCCACCCGUGGUGAGCUGGAGACUUCAGUCGGCGGCUCAAGCGAAUCUUCUGAAUCUGGCGAGUCUGGUGCUACCAACGUCAUCUCCGUUUCUGGAAUUUCUGCCUUUGUCCAGCAGUACAGCGUCCCCAAGUCCAACACCUUCAUGACUGUUCUGCUGGUGGUUGCCAUCAUCAUUGCCGCCAUCAUUGUCGGUAUUCUUCUGGUCAAGGUCAUCCUCGAGAUUUGGGCCCUGUUCGCCAGCUUCCCCAAGUCUCUGGCUGGUUUCCGUCAGCAUUACUGGGGCUCCAUCGCUCGAACCAUCACUCACCUUAUCCUGGUGCUCUACGGUAUCUGGGUUCUGUACUGCGUGUUCCAAUUCACCCAAGGUGACUCGUGGGCGGCAAAGACUCUGGCUGGUGUGACGCUGGCCAUCUUCACCGCCAUCCUUGCCUUCUUCACGUGGAAGAUCUUCAGCACCGUCCGCAAGCUCAAGAGCUCCGAGGGUAGCCCCGACGGCCUAUACCAGGACAAGGAGAUCUGGAUCAAGUACUCCCUCUUCUACGAGUCGUACAAGAAGGAGUACUGGUGGAUCUUCAUCCCCACCAUCGUCUACCUCUUCGCCAAAGGCUGCACCCUUGCCGUUGGCGAUGGAAACGGCCUGCCCCAGACGAUUGCCCAGCUUGUCGUCGAGAGCAUCAUGCUCAUUCUACUCGUCUGGGCUCGACCCUUUGAGCGCAAGUCUGGCAACGUCAUCGGUAUUGCCAUCCAGACUGUGCGAGUCCUGUCGGUGGCUUGCAUUCUCAUCUUUGUCCACGAACUCAACAUUCCUCAAGACAGCAAGACGGUUGCCGGCGUGGUCCUGAUCGCCGUGCAGUCCGCCCUCACUGGUCUUUUGGUGAUCCUCAUUAUCUGGAACGCCAUCAACCUCCUGGUCAAGGAGAACCCCCACCGCAAGCGAAGAAAGGAGAUGGAGAAAGCUCAGCGUGACAUGGACACGCUCACUCCUCUGGACGCCCGCAACUCGCUCCUCCUCGACCGCAAGGACAACAGCAACACUAGCAUCAACAUGUUCCCCGUCUCGGCCCCCAUUCAAGAGAAGCAGCACCAACGGUCCAUGUCCCGUGACAACUAUGUUGCUGCUGAGGAAGGCCUGCGGGCAAACGAUUACUCUUCGAGCCCUCCUUCGUACUACCGAGAUCUGACCGCCAUGGACCACAACGACUCGCAAAACGCCCACGGCGCUGCCCCUGUGGCCUGGGCCCAUAGAGCGCCAAGUCCGCCAGGCAUGGGGCGCUAUGACAACGAGUACGGUGGUUACAGCCCUCUCAACAGGCAAUCAUACGGGUACGGAAACGGGGGCGGCUACAGAGGCUUCUGA